AGCAUGGCUCGGGCUCCUGGAGCGAUGCUGCUGGCAGCUACGACGACGUGCCUGCUGCUGCUGCUGCUGCUGCUGGGUUCCGCUAGUGCCAAGGGCAAUGGCCACGCGUUCAGACCCGUCCCCUUGAGCAGUCGCGUGCAGUUCCCCAAUUUCCAGUCCACGGAUCUGCUCCAUCUCUUCGGUUCCGCCUCAUCCUACCACCGAAAGGCCGUGCGCCUCACCUCCGCGGAGCACUCCGCGGGCGCGCUCAUUCUCCGCACGCCCGUCGUGCUCCUCGACCGCCCGGGCAACUCCGCCAACAGCUCCGCCUGCCGCGCGCUCGCCUGGAGCUCCGUCUUCUCCUUCCGCGUGAGCGGCCCCGCGGACGGCUUCGCCAUGGUGCUGCGGCCGCGGCGGGCGGUGAUGCGCGGGCGGAUGAACCUGUGCGCGGUGCUGAAGAAGCCCGGGUUCUUCGUGGGCUUCACGGCGUCCUCCGCCGCCUCGCCCGCCGUGCACGAUAUUCUUAGCUGGACCUUCGCCGUCGCUCCCUGCGAACGGCAGAGUGUGCUGGGCGAACAGGUGUUGCAGCGUUACCAGUAUCUGCAUGACGAAGGAGAAGAACGCUGUCAGCUGUAACCAAGUUGGCAACAGCACAUGUUGCCUCUAGAGUCUAAUC